UCCAGCUUCAGCGUGUCAUUUGCGUUCUCUUUUCCUCUCGUUCGUAAAUACACGCCGGAUGCUGAGCGCGCGCUUUUUAACCGCGAUUAACCGCCACUUACCUCCACGGCUUCUGCAAGGAUUCGUUUCACGUUGCACCGGUCUACCCGUUCCUGUAUCCGCUUCCUGUGUUCCGUCGUUUCCCUUCGCUACGAUGACUGCUGCUUCCGUGCUGCUCCCGACCGAAUCGGCCGAGCUGAUUGUGAAGAACGCCCAGUACGUUAAGGUGCACCCGGAGGCGAUCGAAGAGCUGGCCGAUCGCGUCAUCGAGGGUAUCCAAAAGAAGGAAAUCAACGUGAACAACUUCUCGCAGCAUCAGCAUCACCCUUCAGCGACCGAUGCACACGCGGCCAACUGGAUUUUCCUUAUCGAUACACUGAACUUCUGCUUCUGGACUCCCGGCAAGGAUGCUACCAAGUGGAAGGUGGACAGUGAAACGGGAUACUUUGCACUGUGUGCCGCCAUCAAUCGCGCGAUGCGUGAAGGCAUCGACAUCACGAACCCAGCCUACUACUCCUCCAUCACGCUCGAGCAACUCGAGAAGAUCCUGCGGUCUGACGAUGAACCUUCAACAAAGGCCCCACUGCUAGAGGAGCGAGUGCGUUGUUUGCACGAAGUAGGCCACGUGCUGAUCGAAAAGUAUGAAGGCAAGUUUGAAAAUUGCGUCCGGGCUUGUAACGGUUCCGCGCGCACGCUAUUGCAGCGCAUCGUGUCGGAAUUCCCAUGCUUUCGCGAUGAGGCCAUCCUGAAGCAUGAGGACGGCGAAACACGUGUUUCGUUCUACAAGCGUGCUCAGAUCCUGGUCGGUGAUUUGUGGUCCUGCUUUCGUGGCGAAGGUUUGGGACGAUUCGAGGAUCUCGACGAUGCUAUUACCAUGUUCGCGGACUAUCGCGUACCGCAAGUUCUCGUCCAUUUCGGUACACUCACCUACGAGGACCGGUUGAUGAGUGUGCUGAGGGAUGAUACGCUUCUGAAAAACGGGUGUCGCGAGGAGAUCGAGAUUCGAGGCGCCUCCAUCUACAUCGUCGAGCAGCUAAAACGCCUCACUCGGGAGAAACUGGUCGCAAAGCAUCCGGAUAUUGCACCGUCCUGUGUGAACGCCAUCCUGUUGGAUCACUUCUUAUGGGACUACCGCCGUAAGCACGCCAAGGAUCUCGAAUAUAUCCCGUUCCACAAGACGAUCAGUGUUUACUACUGAACGCCUAUUCUUGAGUAUUCGUGUUUUUCUUCUCUCGAAAGUCAAUAAAAUUGGCCACUUCUUCUAAGAAC